AUGGCCGGUAACGCAGUCUACAUUGGGCAACGCCGCAGCUACGGAGGCGCUCUGUGUACUGUGCGGUAUUAUGGUACCCUCUCCAAUACCAAAGGCGAAUGGCUGGGGAUCGAAUGGGAUGAUCCCAACCGUGGGAAACACAACGGCCAACACGAGGGUCAACAAGUUUUCCGCUGUCUGUCAUCGUCCCCAACUGCUGCCUCUUUCUUGAGACCUUCACGCCAUCCAGACCCGGAGCGGACGCUUCUUGAGGCAAUCAAGUUCAAAUAUGCACCUGCCAACGAUCCAGGGGUUAAUGCCUCCACCGCUCGCGCAGCGGACGACGUGAUCGAGAUCUCAGGAAAGGUGGUGGAAGAAGUCGGCUUUGAACGGAUCCAGAAACAACUAUCAACCCUCACUGAUCUCAAGAUUGUCCUCGUCGACGAGUUAGUGGUUGCGGGCGUUGCGGGACGCGGCGCUUCCUCUCAGCACAUCCGCGAUGCACAGCUCGAACUCGAAUGCACGUGUCCCAACAUUGUUGAACUGGACCUGGGUUGGAAUGUCAUCGAAACCUGGCAAGACGUUGUCGACAUGUGCGUGCCCUUUCGGAAAUUGAAGAUCCUGAAAUCGGGUGGGCUGCGCUUGAGGGACUUUGAAGCCGACUAUUCUAACGAACCCCAUCCCUUUCAGAAACUCGAGGAGUUGCAUCUCAACGAGUGCCUUCUCACCCCAAGACAGGUCCUCAACAUUCUCUUUCCUAAAGGACAGAGUGGCUUUCCUUCCCUGAAGACGCUGUCACUAUCCCUGAACGAGCUGGACUCUUUUGCAAUCAACGGUGGAAGCGAAGCGGCACAAUGUCCAGCUUUGACGACGUUGAUUCUGGACAACAACCGAUUUCCGGAUCUAUCUUCUUUAACCGCACUCUUGACUCUAUUUCCCAACCUCAGAACAUUGUCAUUCCAGGGAAAUAUUAUCUCUCACCUCGGCCUAGACGCUUCUGGCCCCACUACUCCUUCCAGCUUCUCGACCCUCGAAACUCUGAAUCUGUCCAACAACAAGAUCCGAGACUAUGCAUUCGUCAACAGUCUUCCAACCCUGUUCCCCAACCUCACGUCACUACGUAUCUCACGAAAUCCGCUAUACGAACCGUCCACCUCUUCAGACGAGUCACCGAUGCCAUCAUCGUCGGGGCCUCGGCAGCAGGCAUUGCUUCAAAGCACAGUGUCGGACUCUACAACAUAUUACCUGACCCUGGCGCGGAUCCCCAAUCUAAAAUCCCUGAACUAUACGACCAUUACGCCGCGAGAUCGCGAAGAGGGCGAGAUUUAUUACCUUUCGAUCGCAGAAAAGGAACUGCGACCCCUCUUGCAGGGAAAUACAGCCACGCAGCCGCCAGACCACGCGUCUUCCGAAACGCCAUCCAGACUUUCACCUCAAGAGACGGUCGAGCUAGCCCGCAAAGCCCACCCGCUCUACUCCAGCCUCUGCGAAAAGUACGACCGCGAGGACAUUCUCAUCCGCUACCUCCAACUGCAACAACAACAACAGACGUCGAAGGAACUCUCGACAGCCUCGUCCCAAUUUGACGCCUACGGUCCUGGCACGCUCGGCUCCCGCCUCGUGGAUGCCUACUUCUACAUUCCGCGCACUCCUCAGGUCUCUGCCACGCCGCCGAAGGAGCCAUUCCACCGCCUUCUCCCGACCACCAUAUCAGUGUACCGUCUGAAAUCUCUCCUGUCCCGACACUUCAGCCUCCAACCGCUCCGGUUCAGGCUGGUCUACGAGUCGCCCGAAUACGACCCCGUCGAGCCGAUCACCAGCACGAGAAACCCCGCUGCCGGCACCGGUGACGGGCAGAGUGCGUGGGACGCGUGGGGCGAUUGGGACGUCGACGAAGACAAGAAGGACGAUGACGGGCAUGAUGAUGAUGGUGGUGGUGGUGGCGGGGAAAGGCUCAGCCUCGCAGACCUGCGCGAUGGAGACGCCCAACCCGCCAACACGAUGAUGCCGAUGUACAUCACGCGCCAGGGCAACCGGUUCAAGAAGCGUGAGACCGAGAUCCUGGACGGGAUGCGCCCCUGGGGAGACUUUCUGGACCUGGAUGAUACGUUGGGUCGCGGUCACGUUCCAAGUCUGGGAGCCGCUGCGCACAGUAGCAGCAGGAGGAGGGAGGUCAAGGUUCGUGUUGAGCCUCACGAUACCCUAGAAGCCAAGUGA